UCACGCUCUCGUCAAAUCCAGCCAAUCGUUUCUCCAAAAAAGCGACCUCCCAAGUUGCGGCCGACCCCUCCCAGCCGGACAGCUUUUCUUCAGCCCACCAUCGGCCAGACGCCCGGCGCUUGCUCUCGAUCCAGCACCGCAGCCGCUGCUCCACAAGCUCCAUGUCGCAGAUCAAGGAUAAGCCUGCUGCCACAGCGGGAAAGAAGCGAGGGCGUCCGAGAACCUGCGAUCGGGCUGUGUUCUGCACCCACAAGCUGCCCGUGAUUGCCAGCACCGGCAGGAACCGAAAGGUGCUGCUGCCUCGACCCACCCAGCCUGCUCCAGCCGCAGUUACGGCAUCGACCUCGGCCUCCUCGUUGGCCACUGCCUCCAAUGGAACUGCAAAUGGGGCGUCGGUAGCCCCGCUGGACGUCGGACAGCUCGCCACAUUGGGUCCUCGACUGGCUCCCAAGCCCCCAGAGACGAGCCAGCCGCCAGAGCAGCAGCCCGUCCACCAGCACGGCUCGCACGACUUUUAUUUCUUCUACCCCAACUAUGUUGAUCCGUCUCUGUCCGUCUAUCCGUACUAUCCAGCGCUUGCAGCUCCAUUACAGCCGGUAGCGGCCUCUCACUCUCCGGACACUCUCCAACAGGCGAUCGUAAGCGUCCCACAACACCACCACCACCAUCAUCAUCAUCACGACCAUGGCUAUCAGCAUCCACCUCUCCACAAUCAGCUCGACCACAACCUUGUCUGCCUUGAUCAUCUCGACAGCUGCGCCUUGACCCAGACACCGGCAGCCAUGGCUGCCACCCAUGCGUACGAAGGCCAAUCCAGCCUCGACUCGCUCUUUGCCCCAAUAGCCCAGAGCAUGGAGGGCUCGGUGGGCUCGUUAUCGCCGGUGAACUGUGAUGGCGAUGCCCUCCACAUAGACUUUCAGGACUUUUGUCUCCUGCAAGGCAACGGAGCCUGUCCCGACGGCAGCAGUCCGCUCCCAGAGCAUCCACACAUUCGGCGCAUGCAUGUCGACUGCUGCCACGACCAGUUCUCCAACCCGGACGACCCUGGACACUUGAGAGAUGUGUUGGCCGAGAUUUUCUACAGCGACAUUUGGCCGUGCGAGCUUGAGGCCGACUCGUUUGCAGCCGUCGCUGCUGACCAGACUCAUCCAUCAGCCCCAGACUGCUCCGUAUCGGUUUGUUCCUCUCCCGCGGCCCAACAACACCCCGGGCUCAUUUUCGAUCACCAGCAACCCAGGAGCUCACCCGACUGCUCAGACGCUAUGGGCGGCGAUGGACAGCCAGUCGGCUCCCUACUAGCCCAUGUGGAACCGGCCGUGGAUGCAGAGUGCUCACAGAGCAACCCGAUGGCGCCGAUGACCAAGCAGGAGCGCCGCCGCAUGCAAAACUGCAUCUCCUCGAGAAAGUUUCGGGUCAAGCAGCGAAAUAUUGAGGAGCAACGACAAUGCGAGAUUCAUCAACACUCGGGUAUAAUCCAGGACCUGGAAAGGCGAAUCACAGAAUACAAGAUGGAGGUGGAGUGGCUGAGGCGGCUGAUCAGCGACGGAGUCACUUCGGCCAAGCUUCAGGACAUCUAUCGCGAGAACGGCAUUGAAUUCUCCGGAACCGACACUGAUUGAAUCGGUUCCAGACACCCUCUGUCCUGGCGUCGUUUCUGCAGAUCGUCGGCCACAUCGUCUCCACAUCUCCACCGCGGCUUCAUGUUCCUAUCUCUGGCACACUCGUCGACGACAUAUACGCCCUGUUCAAUACGCCCUGUUCAAUACAUCCUGUUCAAUACAUCCUGCUCGAUACACAAGCGCAUGUCGUCUUUGAUCACAACAC